AGAAAAUAGCAAAUAUUUAAUUCGACGUAAUGUUGCCGCUUUUAUUUUGAUAUCGACACGGAAAUGUGGACCUUUAUACUGAAGCCGGGCUCUAUUUGCUUCCGGGGGUCUUGGGUUUCCAGCUAGUGCGACUUGUACCAUAUGUUAGCUCACAGCUAACGUGAGUUUAAAGCGGUAGUUAGUUAGUUAAACAGUCUGAGGGAUAAAGCUGUUGUUAUUAAAAGUCUGUACUCAUGUCGGACAGGAGCGGCGGGGUGGAGUGGGUCGAGACAGCCGAGGAGGUUGUUAUCAUAGAGGAGUGCGUCCCUGCAGAAAACCACACAUCUGCAGUGAUUCCAGUUUUAGAGCCAGAAGAAACACCGAUCCAGAAGUUACUGGGCUCGGUGGGAAACGGAGACAACCCAGAGGCUGAUGGUGGCUUUUAUUGCGAGGAGUGUCUGACUCUCUUCCAGGACCAGAAUGAUCCUGCUAACUUUAACGGCCCGUCGUUUAUUCUUGACUUUCCGACGAGCGCCGCUCUCUCCCAGAGGGCCCUGCUCUCGCUGCCCUACGGCCUGAUGAUCGGCAGGUCCAGUAUUCCCAGUGCAGGCGUCGGGGUCAUAAAUCACGGACCGAUUGUGUCUCCGGGAAUGCAUUUUGGACCGUAUGAGGGUGAAGUUACAACAAGAGAAAAAGCAACGUCAAGUGACUUCUCCUGGGAGGUUUGCAAAGGAAAAGAUGAGUAUGAGUACAUUGACGCUGCCAGAGACUCACACUCAAACUGGAUGAGGUACAUCAACUGUGCUCGUAAUAAAGACGAGACAAAUCUCCUGGCGGUCCAGUACAAAGGCAGCAUCCUUUACCACUGCUGUCGCACCAUAAACCCUGGAGAUGAGCUCAUGGUUUGGCCCAGCAGCAAGUUUCUCGCCCAUUUUAGUGAAACUUGGACCCAGGCCUGGCUCAUGAAGUUGAAUGCAGCAGAGAGGAGGACGACUGCGACCUCUCAGAUCUUCCUGUGCUCCCACUGUCAGCUGUCCUUCACCACAGAGUCCUUCCUGCAGAGACAUGUAGAAUACUUCCACAUUCAGCCUGAAGAGGACUCCACAACACCGGCUGCUGAGGCCGCUGAACCUGAGAAUCCUGCAGCCAGCGCAGACUCUGAUCACUCUGCAGCCUCCCUGUCAGUGUUACCUGUCGAUCCCGUCCAGUCCAAAACAUGUGGCGACUGUGGGAAGGUUUUCAAGCAGAUCCCUCACCUCAGGAGGCACAAGCGCUGUGUCCACUCCAACAAACGUCCCUACUGCUGCCCGCAGUGCAGACGCAGCUUCAGCCAGGCGUCCGGCUUAAUCAGACACCAGCUGGUCCACAGGAAGCAGGUUGUGAUAAAAGACGCAGACAAAAUCCAGAGUGAAAAGAAAGAACUGAGAUCAGAAGUUUUAAACACUGCAGAUCCAGCUGUGACAGAGGAAAUGAAGGAAAGUGAGAGUGUGCAAGAAGUAACUGAAGCUGAGAGUAAAUCUGCAGGAGAUGCAGAAACCUCCCAGUUCAUUUGUACAGACUGCAGUAAGAGCUUCACAAACGAAGCAUCUCUGAAGAAGCAUAAAGCGACCGUGCAUGAGCGGUUACGGCCGUACGUCUGCACCGAGUGCCACAAGUGCUUCAUCCAGUACAACGACCUGACCCGGCACCUGCGGCAUCACCAGCAACAACAAAAGAAGGAAGGAAAACUAAACGAGGCUCCAGAGGGCUCCAGCACCAUGCCCUUUAGCUGUGCUGAGUGUUCACUGACGUUCUCUUCAGUGGACUCCCUGCAGCAGCACAUUGGUGAGCAGCACUCGGAGGAAACCACGGUGGAAAAUCAAGAAGAUGACGCCGUGCCUGCUGGUGACGAUCAGAGCCAAGAUCCAGACUUCAGACCACAAUCUGCAGUCGAAUCUAUUGGACGACGUCAGAGGCCUCAGCGGCUUGGAGCUAGAUCUAAAAUCUCUGCCAUAACCAAGCUCAUAGCUCCAAAACGAAGGGCGGCCAUCUGCAAGAAGGCGUCCACCAGCCCUGCUCAGACGGAGAGGAGCUCCUCUGAACCGGAUCCACCUGCUGUGAGGAACGGAAAGGUGACAAAAUACAAAUGGUUCAGCUGUAAUCGCUGCAAACGAACAUACGGAAACCCAGACGAUCUCAAAGCACAUAAGUGCGCUCUGAGACAGCUCAAGUGUGGUCAGUGUGGCGCAACCUUCACUAAGUCUGGCUUCCUGAAGAGACACGAGCAGAUGGUGCAUGUAGAUGCAAAGUCGUACAGCUGUGACCGCUGCGGGAAAGUCUUCACUACAUCUGGUAAACUGAAACGGCAUCAAAAGAGCAACACUUGCAUGAAAUAUCACUGCACGUCUGAGCUCUUCCCCUGCUCGUUCUGUCAGUUCUCCUUCACGAUGAAGAGCUACCUUAUAAAACACAUUAAACGGCACCACCCGGUGGAGUACCUGUCACACUGCGACCAGCUGGAGCAUCUAGGGGAAGAGGAGCAGGAGGAGGAGGAGGAGGAGGAGGAGGAGGGGGGAAAGGAAUAUGUUUGCCCUCACUGUGGCAAGAGCUGUGCAAGCACCAAAGCUUUCAAAUCCCACACGUGUCUGCAGCAGGUGAAGGUGCUGUACUUGUGCACCGACUGUGGGAAGGGCUUCACCAACCACUACAGCCUGAAGCAACAUCAACGCAUUCACACGGGCGAGAAGCCGUACAGCUGCCCGCACUGCAGCAAGAGCUUCUCCUACACCGGGCAGCUCAACGUGCACCUCCGGACGCACACCGGGGAGAAACCGUACCUGUGCACGCACUGCGGCGAGAGCUUCCGCCAGUCGGGAGACCUGAAGAGACACGAGAGGAAGCACACGGGCGUCAGGCCCUACAGCUGCCCCGAGUGCUCAAAAAGCUUCAGCCGCCCGCAGAGUCUCAAAGCUCACCAGAUGCUCCACUUGGGACAGAGAAUGUUCAAAUGCACCCAGUGUGGGAAGAGCUUCUCCAGAAACUAUCACCUCAGGAGGCACCAUCAGAAGAUGCACUUGUAGGCACAUUUUUCAGACGUUGGAGAUGCUAUAGAGAGAAAGUCAAAGGGACAGUUCAUCCUGAAAUAAAAAUUCUUGAGCACUUUUUAUCGACCUACAGUCAUGGAAAAAAAUAUUAGACCACCCUUGUUUUCUUCGGUUUCUUGUUCAUUUUAAUGCCUGGUACAACUGAAGGUACAUUUGUUUGGACAAAUAUAAUAAUAACAACGAAAAUAGCUCAUAAGAGUUUAAUUUAAGAGCUGAUAUCUAGACAUUUUCCAUGGUUUUCUUGAUAAUGAUUUUGGUUAUUAUGAAGAAAACCAUGGAAAAUGACUCCAUCAGAAAAAAACCGAAAAGGUAAAUUAUUAGGUUAAUUAAUACUAUUUUAUUUAUUUUACAAAAAAUAACCAUAAUAUGGACCUUGGAUCUGUAAAUUAAUUUAAUAGGACAUAAUAGAUUUUUUUAUAGGAAUAUUAAAUUGCUUACUUGAAUGUUAAAUUACAGUGAAUUUUAUGAUGGAAUUCCCUCUCACAUAUGCAAAAAAUACCUUUCACGUACACACUUUUACCUCAACAAAAAUAGCUGAUAAGAGUUUUAUUUAAGAGCUGAUAUCUAUGGUUUUCUUCAGAUUUACCAAAAUCAUAAUAAAGAAAACCAUGGAAAAUUUCUAGAUAUCAGCUCUUAAACUCUUAUCGGCUAGUUUUGUUGUUAUCGUUAUAUUUACAAAUGCACUUUUAGUUUUACCAGGCAUUAAACUGAAGAAUACAGGGGUCUAAUAAUUUCUUCCAUGACUGUAUAUUGAUUACUAGUACUACAGAUUUUGGGGUGAACUGCUCCUUUAAAGCUGAAUUGCACUAAAUGUUAAAGUACUUCAUGAUUGAUGAGUAUUUUUGAAUGUCCUGUAAAUAACAAUUAUCCUGACUUUUGUUUAAAGCGGACAUAUUUCGUGCCCAAAGAGUGGAAUUUAAUGUUAAGAAUUUCACAUUUUUUGUUAAUAAUUUGUUAAAAGUAAUAUAAACAUUCACUUCAAUCAACACACAAACACACACAAAAGCCGUUACAUAAACUUAAUGCUUCUCAUCUUGAAAUAAAAACAACCCACUUCAGCUUCA